GCGAAGAUAUUCCGGGAGUCAACAGGUGCGGUAAAGGAGCCAGGGAGCCUCCGGAGUGAGAGCCCCUUCUUCCUCUUUCCUCGUCGCUUUCGUCACUCUCGUCUGAAGAAGCCGGAGCAGAGACUCCCGCGAUUCGCGCGACGUUUCCCAAUUCGCGACGACAACCGGUGACAGUCGCAUAUCAUGCAGUCCUGAAGAAAGUAUCUUCGUUUUCCCCCCCCGCGGACACAUCUCGUGCACAUCUUUCUCCGCUCGCCGCCUUGUACUUUUUAUUUAUCACAGAAAAUAAUUGCUAGGAAAUCCAGGAAAAAUGGCGAUAAUAAGGAGAUGCCAGAUUACCUUUCUUCUAUUUUUCGUGGCUUUAAUACUUGGCACAUACUGUGGCGAGUUACCUAAACCAGGCUACACCAGAACGAUGCUGAAGGUCUCUCGAAGUCUUCCGGGUGAGACGGAAGAGCUGAAAGUGCGAACGAGCGAAGGCAACGUGGCCACUUUAAUCGUCAAACGACGAGACAAAUCAUCGUUCACCAAUGAUUCGAAGGUGACACCAAAACCUGCUCGAGAAGACUCGAACUUUACUGUGGAAAAUAAAAGAAAUUUUUCGAUAAACGGGCAGAACGAAUCGACGCUCAAUGAAGAGAGGAGCGAAGCUAAAAAGAAGGAUGAAGUUCGAAGACUCGAGGAAGCUCAAGUAGAACAGAUCAGGGCGACGUUCUCCAGAUCUUCGGAAAGUGAAAAGCCGAACGCUCGAACCGAUAAGAGACCGACAUCUGAGAGAAGUCAGCCUAUUAGCUUAAUGGAUUACGGGAAAUGGACGCCAUUGAACGCGGACGGAAGGGCUUUGGAGCAGAAGGAGCCGGAGGAAGAGGAGGAGUAUCGAAAUUGGAAACCGUUGCAGACGAACGUGGAGACUGCCAUCGAGAGAAGAACAAACUACGACAGGUUAGGCGAAGCUGCAUUCGGCAGCAAUAUCCUGUUUGCCAGGAACUUCCAGGAUCGAGUUCAGAAGAGCUUCGAACUUAACGAUCAAAGUGCCGCGAACGAGGGCGCGCUUCAUUACAUGUAUAUACCUCAUAUAGUGUCCACGAGAACGAAUAUUGGUGCCAAUCUGUUGAAAAAUCGAGACAGCAAAGCCGUGCCUCCGGAGGUGGUCGUUCGAUCGGAGAUCAAUGUGAAGACCGCGCCGAAGAGAACGCCCAUGUCAUUGGACAUCGAUGGUAUACCGGUAAUUCAUGGUACGAGAAUGCCCGACGAGCCUAUCGACAAAGUGCAAACCUGGCGAAACGCUCGGGUUAUCAAUAACAAACUGAUAACUCCCGAAGGCAGUUCGACGGUUACCGCGGAGCCUCCUCCUGUCGAGCCUUUUGAUGAGAACGCGGAGAAGAGGCACAAAUUUGAAAAGUUCUUUAAAGAUGUUAAUCGAAGGUACGGUCGCAACUACGACGAGGAAGCCCGCAACGUGUACUUCGAGUGGGAUCCGAGGAAUUACAAAAACGAAGCCUUGAAAGCCGAGGUCUACGAGCCACACAAUGACCACUAUCGCGCGAGUGUCCACAAGCGGAUGCUGCAUCCGGACGGCAUCGCGAGCUACCCGAUUUCUCAACGUUACACCACCGAGAGUCAGACCAUCGCGCCGGUAGUGCUGAAGGCUGGCGCCCGCGCGCCCGUUCUCCAGUACGCCCAUCCGGAGCUGGGCGUGCAACCGGCCAAGAUCCUGAAGAACGAGAAACGCCGACCGGACAAUUUCCCGGAAAGCCAGCAUUCGUUUACCGAGCAACGUCACAAGAAGAAGUACGUGUUGAACAACAAGAACAUGGACAGCUACACGACGAAGAACUACUAUCCGAAUCAGCACUUCUACGGCUUGAAACGACCGUACGAUCCGCCGUUCUGGGUGAAGAUCUCGGAAAAUCUGAAGAAUCAGUUUUCCACCGGGGUCGAGAGGGUCUCGCAGUUCACCAGGCCGGUGAUCGACCCUCUGGUGGAGGCCACUCACAAGAUCUCGCAGAAUCUCGGUCUGUCUAAGGGCCCAACCAAGGAGGCUCAGAACAAGAUCGACACGGUGGCAACAGGCACGAGUAUCCUGAUACCGGCUCUGGGUCUCGUCGCAUCUGGUGCCGCGCUCGGCAUAGGCGCCGUGGCGGUUGGCCGGUAUCUCGACGUCGACGUACUGAAACGAUCGAACGCGGACGACGACGAUCUGGAGCACAAGCGUGCCCUGGAAGCCGGAACGUACUUGAGCACGCUCGAGGACGGGAGUCUAAGGUCGAACGAAGCGACGCCGCAGACCCUGUACGUGCUGCAGAACCUUCCUCAGAACGGUAAAGUGAGAAACGAGGAUAUGGACUCGGCGGAGAGCGACGGGGUCUUCCUGGUUUUGGAGGAGGACAAGCGGAACGCCGAGAGGAUUGAGAAUCGAGAAAGUAAACAGGUGGUGGACGAAGCUGAUUAUGUGGAAACCAACGGACGUAAAAAGAGAAGUCUCGAUUAUCUAGACAUCUUCAAGACGGACAGCGACAUGAAGAAUCUGGUACGCAGCAAGCGCUUUCAGAGGAAAGGAGCCGAUUCCAUCAGCGAGAUCGUGGAAAUCGAUCUGCCCGCUGGCUUAGAUCGCGUCGAUAUCACCGAAUUCCUGAUCCCGAAGAAGAAUAAGGAGAAGCACUUGAGUGAAAAUUCGGUUUUAAUUGUCAAAGACAGCUUGAAGAUUCCAUCAGAAAAUUUUCGAGUGUUGGAUCAAAACGCAUUGAAGAACGCCGCGAAGAUGAUCGGUGACAGUUCACGGGAUGCAACUUUGAUAAAUGAAGGUAAUGGACAGCAGGGAAGAAAUCAGAGACUCGGUGCUUUUUUCGUGUUGGACAGAUCGCAAGUUUUCGGAAGUAAUCUCGAGAAGGAAACGACGAACAGGAGACGAAAGCGAAGCGUCGAAAGUGACCAGGAGCUCCUGGACGCGUUGCAGAAUCUGGAGAACGCUGAAGUGGCGGAAGUUGCUCACAUACGGGGCGAUUGGACGAACACGCCCUGCGCGAAGAGGAUAUUUUGCGACACGAUGAUCCAAAGAGGUGCCGAUGCUUCGCUGCUUAUGGAGAAAAAGAUGGCGGGGUUAUUAAGAUUAAUCCAACCUGGAGCGGCCGUACAGGUGUCCAGUCACUUCGAGGAGGUCAUGGACGCUGUCAGGAGACACGAUUGUUCUAGCUUCCUGUGCCCACAGGCGAGACCCGGCAACGUCUUCUUUUAGAUACGCCUGUAGUCCUCAAACUGCAUCAUCAACUCUUCUCCUACAAGUUGGCGCUUUUAACUCUAGUUAAGUUCUGCAAAAAAAAUAUUUUGUUUCUCUUAGUGUUUCGUUGCGUUUGCGUCUUAAAAACUCAGCUGCGUUUCCCUCUUCUUUUCUCGGACGCAGCUUAGAAAUUACUCUUCUAUCUCGACGUUUCAGGGGACAAUUAUUUCGAUUAGCAACGGGAAAUAUUUUCGCAUUAAAAACAUCACUUACAGAAAAUCUUGUAUAUAUAAUUGUUAACAAUACGCAAACUUUUUAGCUGCGUUCAAUAACGUAGUAACAAAAAAAUAAGCACGGAACGUUUUCUUAUGUAAAAUUAAUUUAAACGUUGCUCAAAUAUGUCGAUGUAUAGAAAUGUCAACAAUACGGAAAGAGUUAAAUGUUCUAUCAAGGCUUGCCGGAUAUAUUAAUUCGCGGUAUAUAUGGUAUAUGAGGUACUUUUUGAUUAAUGGAAAUUUUUCCUAUUCGCGAUUGUGAUCAGUUGCAUCUAAAAUAUUUUAACAUGAUCAAGAGAAAUAAUUUGCAAUGGUCUUGCAAUUAAAAACGUUUUCGUCAAAUACGUUUGAAUCAGCGCCGAACCAAAACUGUACAUACUUGCCAUCGAGGCGAUUUUAUUUAAUAUGCACUCAUAUUUGUAACUUAAGAUAAUUAAGUGUAUAGAAUUUAAGAAAGAGGAGUAAGCUCGGCGGUAAAUGAAUUGCAUCUUCUGCAAUUUCCAAGAAUGUUCACCAUAUAUUGUGGUAUUGUACCUAAUCGUCCUUUCGGUGAACAUUUUCGCCCGUCGUCGCUUCGUCUCGUCUUAUUUCUGAUCCCCGCGUUUCGUCCGAAUAUAAAUUAUGUCGCGCGUGAAGUAUAAUUUUUAUUUCGAUACGCUGAGAGAUCAGAAACGAUCAGAAAAAUGAUCGAAAUGUUAUUCGAAUGCUAUAUCGAAUAUUACUAAUUCAAAGAGAGAGAGAGAAACGUUCGCCAGAACCGUUACGAGAAUAUAUUUAUUUCUGUCCCUACACGCGUAUGACAUCGUGUAUGUAUAAGUCAACGAAUAAAUAAUAUUUUCUACGACACACGUGCGGUAUACAUA